AUGGUCUACACGGAAGUCUUCUGAAGGAGAUAUCCAGGGAAUACUUCCAUGAAAAUGAUUGGUUCUUUUUCGCCUCGAGUUCUUAAAAUUAGGAUAGCCAUUUCGAUUGAUUUUACAAGAGUUUGAAAAUUUUCGGGAAACCCCGUCCCCAGUUCAGACGAAUCCCUGCGUUGAACCGAUUUCAGUCACUCUCAACAAUCAUUCAAAUUGACUGUUCGAUCUGCUGUCGAAAGCUUCUGACAACAAAUAUAAACAAAGAUCCUCGUAGACAUUAAUCCUCUUUACCCUUUACUAAGUUUUGCUUUUGAAAGCUUCUGGCCAGAAAGAAAAACAAAAACAAUUUACAGUCUCUUAGUAGAGCAUAAUCCUCUUGAUCAAUUUCAUCAAUUGGCUUUUAAAGGCAAGUAAUAUGUACCCACUUCAUCAGUUUGAAUGAUUUUACAGUGUUUUCUGUCCUCUGUCCCCAUGUUUCAAACCACGUGGAAACUGGUAUUUCUAUCUUUCCUCCUCCUCUGUAUUGCUGCUAAAGUCCAAGGGCAAGAUGGAACAUCCAAUAUUACAGGCUACAGCUGCUCUGAUCGCCCAGCACCAUGUUAUACAUAUGCUUUUUAUAAAGCCCAAGCUCCUAGUUACAUAAAUUUGAAGACCAUCGCUGAUUUGUUUCUUGUUACCCCAUCAAUUAUAGCAACAGCCAAUGGUUUGCCUGAUGAUACCUCUUCUUUAGCUGAAGGGCAAACUUUGCUUAUUCCCAUUACAUGUGCAUGCGUUGGAAAGUAUUCCCAGGCCAACAUAACCUUCGUGAUACCGCCUGGUGGUACCUUUUGGAAGAUAUCAACAGAGAACUUUGAAUAUUUGACCACAUAUCAGGCUUUAGAAAUUGCAAAUCCUACUUUGGUACCAGAAAAUAUCACUAUUGGUACUCCGGGUACCUUUCCAAUCAGGUGUCAGUGUCCAUCCAAAGCCCAAAUUAGUAAUGGGAUCAAUAUGCAGAUAACAUAUGUUGUACAGAAAGCAGAUACUCUGAAAUCCAUCAGUGAAAAUUUUGGUGCAAAUCUCGAGAAUUUAAAGUCUGCAAAUGGUAUGUCGUCAAAUUUAAUUUUUCUAAAUACUACCCUCUUGAUUCCUGUUUCUGAAAAGCCAACAUUAGUUCAAUCUCCUUCCCCUGCACUCUCACAGUCACCAUCUCCGUCCUCAAGUACAAAACUAUUUCUCGGUAUUGGAUUUGGCAUUGUGGCUUGCAUCGUAAGUGCCACUGCCCUGUGGGUCUACUUUCGCUUUCACAAAAGAAAAAGAGCUGCAUCCAUCGCUGGUCAAAAGCUAGCAGGCGUGGAUCUUGAAAAGCUUCUGCAACACAUUCCGCGACGGUUUAAGAUGGAUGAUCUAAUAGCUGGAACGAACAAUUUCAACGAAGCCCAAAAGCUUGGGCAGGGAGGAUUUGGGGGAGUGUACAAAUGCAAUCUUGCUCAAACAAAUGAGAUUGUGGCGGUAAAGCGCAUCUCAGAAGGUUCAAGGCAAGGGAUUAAGGAAUUCAUCUCAGAAGUGAGUAUAGUUAGUCGUUUGAGACAUAGGAAUCUUGUUCAACUCUUAGGAUGGUGCCAUGAGCAAGACCAGUUGCUUUUGGUCUACGAAUAUAUGUCUAAUGGAAGCCUAGACAGACAUAUUUUCCCCAAAAGAGGAGAAGAAGAAGAACGCCAUGUGCUGCAAUGGAGUAUCAGGUAUAAAAUAGCUUGUGAAAUGGCGAGUGCACUGUUGUACCUUCAUGAAGAAUGGGAUGAAUGUGUUGUGCACAGAGAUGUAAAAUCCAGUAAUGUUCUGCUGGAUAGCAAUUUCAGCGCAAAAAUUGGGGAUUUUGGAUUAGCACGCAUGCUGAUGCAUGAGCGUCUACAUCAGACCACCCGAGCUGCAGGGACAUUGGGAUAUUUGGCCCCUGAAUGUGUGGCAUCUGGAAAAACGAGUCCUCAAUCUGAUGUUUACAGCUAUGGAGCUGUGGCUCUGGAAAUAGCAUCUGGCAAGAAAGCAAUAGAUGUGAGUUUGGUAGAUUUCGACAUGCGGCUUGUAGCGUGGGCAUGGGAUCUCUAUGGUGGAGGUAGACUAUUGGAGGGUGCAGAUGUGAGAUUAAAAGGAGAGUUUGAAAAGGAAGAAAUGGAACGAUUGAUAGUAGUGGGGUUGUGGUGUUCUCAUCCUGAUGAGGCUAGUCGCCCCAAAAUGAGGCAAGUGCUGAGGUUAUUGAACUUUGAAGUUGCAGCACCCAUUCUACCACCUGCAAUGCCUGUACCAUCAUAUGCUUGCACUUCAUUUACCAUCAAGUCCUCCCUUCCAGUGGUAUCACACUCUCUUCCAACCACUUUGAGUCCAAGAUAGAUCUAUCUCUAAUUUCAAGGUCAACCAUGGUGAUUUGGUGAAACUGGAAGGAUUUUGUAUCAGUACUGAAGGUAAAUCUUUCUUAGUUUAUGAGUAUGCAGAGAAUGCUUCUCUCAAUUGCUGGCUCCAUGAUCCUGAAUCCAUUCCGAAGCAGACUGCUUCUACUUUGAGCUCUACUUUUUUUUCAUGGAAGAUCAGAUUGCAAAUUGCCUUGGAUGUUGCCAGUGGGCUUCAAUUCAUUCACGAGCAUGCAACCCCUAUUGUUGUGCACAAAGGUGUGAAAAGUAGCAAUGUUCUCUUGGAUGGAAGUUUCAGGGCUUAAAUUGCAAAUUUUGGAAUGGCGAAAUCAGGGAUAAAUGUUCUUACAAGACACAUAGCUGAUAGCAGGCACGCAGGGAUACAUGGCUCCAGAAUAUGUUGCAGAUCCACUGUUGACCCCAAGCUUCACGUGUUUGCAUUUGGAGUUGUGCUGCGAGAGCUGAUUUCUGGAAAAGAAGCCACCGUGCGUGAAGGGGGAGUUCCAUUAGCAGGGAGGGCAGGUCUUCUUUGGAACCCAAUUAAACCCCUUAUGGAAGAGGUGGACAGAGAAGUGGAACUGAAAAAGUGGAUUGAUCCAAACCUUGAAGGUGUUUGUCCCGAUGAUAGUGCUCUUUGCAAUGUCUCUUGGUAUAAUAAUGAUUGACAAGUAGGCAAACCCUUGCUCAGUUCAUAUUCAAUCUAUUUAAUUUUUUCAAAUUAUUUUUUAUUGAUCAUAGAUUUAGAUGAUACAUCAAGAACAUGCCACAAAUGUGGUAGAAUGGUUUUCCAAUCAAUCUUGAGACCAUAAGUACCAGUCCCAAUGCUUCCUUUGUCAAGAACCUAUAUCUAAAAGGUCGUGGGGUCAACUAUAGUCAAUAACACACAUUCUCUAGACUGUGGCUGCACUGAAAUAUUAAUACUUUUCCAAUUCUCUAUCAAGGUAAUUUGGAAGCAACCAAACCCAUUACAGUAGUGUGGCAGGUAGAUUUUUCAUAAAAGAAUCUUAGCGCCUUCCUCCAACAAUUUUGUAGCUCGAUUGAAGGAUGGUAGGAAAGAAUCUCAAUAUUGUGAAGGGUCCCUCCCUUGAAAAUGAAAGAAACUGGUGUGCACUCUGCAAGACGUUGCAACUGGUGGCUUUCAGACGAGUAACGUUGAUUAGCAGAGAGUUGUAUGAGAAACUUGAGACCUGUUAUUCACCUGCAGUUGUGGAAAUGAAUGCGAUGCUCCUCUCUCUGAAUGUGGAGUUCUGUUUGCACACAAGAAAAAAGUUGGAGUCUCCACAAUUCAAUCCCUUGAUGUUAUCUUUCAUAAUGGCACACGUUUAUCAUUGUUAGAAAUCAUCAAAGAGAGAAUGUUUGCAUAAUUCUUCUUUAUUGAAUUUUACAUAUAAAAUUUUAUUUUUU